UUAUUAUUUAAUAUAGAUGCAACAUGAUAUGCAUGCUUAUAUUUCUCAGUUAAUACCGAUCGAUAAAACUAUGGUAACGUUAUGAAAACAAAUCCCCUCCAAUUAUCAACGGGAUACGACCACACGACACAGACCCUGAGAGCGAUCGUCGAAGGACGCAUCGAUGGACGUUCUUCGGCGCGGAGCAUGGACAUCAAGGACAGCAGCGACGAAGAGGACGAGAGAACGCACGAUAUCCCGGCGUUCGGUAAAUUCGACGAGACCAUUGUGGUACGCAACGCUGAGGAGAUUAAAAGCCCUGUAAGCCAUAGACCCCCGAGUUCCAGGAAAACCAGGAAAAGCGAUAGCUCGAACACGUUGGAGGACAAUUCGCCACGCGGCAGGAAACAUGAAUUUAGAAGAUACUCUAGCAACGAGGUCGGCUUCGAGAAAUCGUUGGAAAUCGGCAGCGAUCCCUCAGACAGUGAGGAGAGCGACGAUGAUGAUAUACAGAGCACCAAUAUAGCAAAGCCGAUUGAUUUGUACGAUCCCAAGGAAUUCGAGAAUCUGGAAGCAUCGACGGAGGUCAAAGAACUGUUUCAUAAUAUAAUGAGAUACACGCCGCAGAGGAUCGAGCUGAACUACAAGCUGAUACCAUUCAUUCCCGAUUACAUACCGGCGGUCGGCGACAUAGACGCCUUCAUAAAGGUGCCGAGGCCCGAUGGCAUCGAGGAUAAGAUCGGUCUGACGGUAUUAGACGAGCCCUGUACCGAACAGUCCGAUCCUGCGGUGUUGCAUCUACAGCUUCGUAGUCAUUCGAGAAGCGCCGGAGCAGCCGCCAGGCAGGCAGUCGUCAAAAGGGUCGAGGACGCCGAGAGAAAUGGCAAGUCGAUUGACAAGUGGAUCACUGACAUGAAUCAGCUGCACAGGAGCAAACAUCCGCCGGCCGUGCAGCUAAACCGAGCGAUGCCGGAUAUCGAUGGUUUGAUGCAGCAAUGGCCAUUGCAGGUGGAAGAUAAGCUCAACGAGUUGCAAUUGGAUCUAUCGGAACUCGAUUGCAAUUUGCCACAGUUGGUCGAUGUAGUCUGCAAUCUUUUGGACAUUCCCACGCGAGAGAAUGCUAGAUUGGAAGCCCUACACAUAUUGUUCACGUUGUUUCUGGAAGUUAGAAAUGUCGAAAGCCGAAAUUUUAAUUAAUGUUAAAAGCAGAGAGAAAGAGAGAAAAACAGAAAGAAACCGCUUCUAUGUACAUGUUUUACAUUGUAUUAGAUUGUAAACAAUAUUUUAAGAGUUUUCUUCGUUAUAUUUACGUUUCGAUUUUAAUGUGUAUGUAUAUGUAUAUAUAUAUAUAUAUGUCAGCUGAAAGUUUCUUUGAAUCUGAUUGUGUAUGUAUCUUGUAAAAUAAACCAAUAGCUAUGAAAAUA